AUGUCCUUUGCGACUGCGACGACUUGGGGUUUCAACUUUAUUGUCUCAUUGACGUGGCUUCCAUUGCGGGACGCCUUCAGUCCACAAGGCGCAUUUGGCUGGUACGCAGCAUGGAACGUCUUCGGAUGGAUCUUCUGCUACUUCUGUCUGCCUGAAACCAAAGCAUUGUCGCUCGAGGAACUGGAUCAGGUCUUUUCGGUUCCCACGAGAAAGCACGUCAAUCACUAUGCAGGGAUGCUGCCGUGGUAUAUAAGGAAAUAUAUCUUGCGAGGAGAUGUGCCGCCUCAAAAGCAGUUGUAUAAUUAUGAGUAG